AUGUCUUCUUCUUCUUAUUUUCGAUCUUGGAUGGACGGACCGAUGCUCGAUCCAGAAUCAAAUUUAUUGAAUGAUGAGUAUGCUCGUGGUGUAGGCGAGUUUAUGGAGUUGGCAUGUCAACAACCGAUCGUUCUUCAAACCCGUAAGUUGAAAUGUCCAUGUUCGAUUUGCCGGAAUUCUCACAAUAUUAGGAUUGAUUUAGUAUGGGGUCAUCUUUAUUCGAAUGGUUUUAUGCCGGGUUACAAAAUUUGGUUUCUCCAUGGUGAAAGACCAGAGUAUAUUAGUUCUAGCGAACCAUAUAUUGUUGAUAGCGUAGAGGAACCUAGAACAGAAGUAGAUUAUGGUGUGGGUACUAUUGAGAUGGUGAAUGAUGCAUAUAGGGAAAAUAUGCAAUCGAUGGGUCAAAAUGUUGAUAGGUUAGAGGAACCUAAUGCAGAGGCAUGCAAGUUUUUUUCUAUGUUGGACGCAGCUAAGCAGCCGUUAUAUGAAGGUUGUAGGGAAGGUCAUUCGGCUUUAUCAUCUGCAAGCAGAUUGAUGACCAUAAAGACGGACUACAAUUUGGCUGAGGAAUGUGUGGAUGCGAUAACAGAUUUUGUGAAAGACAUUUUGCCUGAAGAUAAUCAUUUUCCAGGUACAUAUUACGAGAUUCAGAAAUUGGUCGCCGGUCUUGGUUUGCCGUAUCAAAUGAUAGAUGUAUGCGAAGAUAAUUGCAUGAUCUAUUGGAGAGAAGACGAAGAUAGGACAAGGUGUCGAUUUUGUCAAAAACCAAGAUAUCAGGAAACAAGCGGUAGGGUUCCAGUUCCAUAUAAGCGGAUGUGGUAUUUACCGAUCACAGAAAGGCUGAAGCGAUUAUAUCAAUCUGAGCGUACGGCUGGUCCAAUGAGAUGGCACGCAGAACAUAAAUCAAACGGAGAGAUUACACAUCCUUCAGAUGCAGAAGCAUGGAGGCAUUUCCAAUCAGUGUAUCCAGAUUUUGCGUAUGAGCCAAGAAACGUGUACCUAGGAUUAUCUAUAGAUGGUUUCAACCCAUUUGGAAAUCAUAGAAGGCAAUAUUCGUUGUGGCCAGUAAUCAUAACACCUUAUAACUUACCACCAUCUUUGUGCAUGCGUCGAGAGUUUCUUUUCCUUUCGAUUUUGGUUCCCGGUCCAGAUCAUCCGAAGAGAUCUCUUGAUGUGUUUCUGCAACCGUUGAUAUAUGAGCUGAAAAUGUUAUGGGAUCAUGGUGCUACAGCAUAUGACGUUUCAACCAAGCAGAAUUUCCAGAUGCGUGCAGCACUUAUGUGGACGAUUAGUGACUUUCCAGCUUAUGGGAUGCUAUCUGGAUGGUCAACUCAUGGAAGGUUAGCGUGUCCGUACUAUCAAGAUAACACAGAUGCGUUCCAGUUGAGGCACGGACGUAAAACGAGUUGGUUUGAUUGUCAUAGAAGAUUUCUACCAGCUCGUCACCUUUAUCGGCGUUCGAGGACAUUGUUUAGGAAGAAUAAGCAAGUGGUUAAUGCACCACCUCCUGUGGUAGUAAUGGACAUGUUGUUGUUUACGGUGCUGGCAUCAAUCACAAUUGAUGUCAUGCACGUCGAGAAGAACGUCUUCGACAACCUCAUGAACACUGUUCUAAAUGUCCCGAGAAAGACAAAAGAUAAUUUGAAGUCUAUAUUAGAUUUGCCAGAUAUUUGUGAUCGCGAUCCGCUUCAUGUACUAGAAAAUGGGAGAUGUCCAGUCCCGGCAUUUCGGUUAGACACGCGCAAGAAGGAAGCGUUCUUCCACUAG